AUGUCAGCUCCACCACAGACUGAAUCGAAACUCGUCUCGCGUGGUCCUUUGGACCCCAGCGAAGCCCGCUGGACGAAACUAGUCAAGACGACUUACACAGACCCGCUGGGUGUAGAGAGAACCUGGGAAUCAGCUGAGCGUACGACUCGUCCUGCUGGUAUUGACCUUGAUGGUGUUGGCAUCGUGGCUAUUUUCAACAAAGAUACCGGCCCGGAGAUUCUACUGCAGAAACAAUACCGGCCACCUGUCAAUGCAAGCGUCAUUGAGAUUCCUGCGGGUCUCAUUGAUGCCAAUGAGACGCCCGAGCAGUGUGCUGUUCGGGAACUAAUGGAGGAGACGGGUUAUAUUGGUGUGGCGAAGGAGACCAGCCCAGUGAUGUUCAACGACCCAGGAAUGUGCAACACCAACUUGAACAUGGUUCAUAUCGAGAUCGACUUGUCUCUUCCUGAGAACCAGAAGCCCGUGCCCAAACUCGAGGAGAAUGAGUUCAUUGAGUGCUUCACGGUUCCUUUGACCAAUCUGUUUGAUGAGUUGAAGAAACUCGAGGGACAGGGCUUUGCCAUUGAUGCCCGCGUUGGGACCAUUGCCGAGGGAAUUGAACUUGCGAAGAAGUGGAAGCUAUGA